AUGAAUAAUGACUGGUACAAACUUCAACUCUUCUCUAUGUCCCUUACAGGCCCUGCAUUUUCCUGGUAUACCUCAUUACCCCCGAACUCUAUCCGCACUUGGGCGGAUAUGGAAAGAGCUUUCCAUGAGCGAUUUUACAGCCCGCUUCCAGAAGUUACCAUCUCAGACUUGACUAAUUUACGUCAGCGAGGGGACGAAUUCGUUAAGCAGUUUUUGGAACGCUUCAGGAGAUCGGAAACUAGGUGCCAAGUUCGUAUACCAGAGUAUCAGGUGGUAAACAUGGCUAUUGAAAACAUGACUCAUCAAUUACGGGAUAAACUCACCCUCCAAGAGUAUCAUGAAUUCCGGCAGUUGACGUCCAAGGCUGUGAAGGCCGAACAACUCGUGAGAGAGGCCCAAGAAGUUCAUAAUCAAAAGUUUCAGGGUGCGAAUCAUUGUGUUUUUGCCCAAAAAGAGGCUGCCAAUGAGGAUAAAGAACAAGAGAAGACCUUCCUGGCAGAAAUAACACAAGGGAAGCCCUACACAUGGCCAUCUCUUAAGCCGCCUCGACGGAAAGAUACGAAUCCAAAGAUAUCUUAUCCGUUCGAUAUCACAAAGACAGAGCAGAUCUUCGAACACCUACUGAAAGACAACCAGCUCCACCUUAAGAAAGGUCACAAGAUGCCAACAGAAGAGGAACUGAAUGGAAAAUCAUUCUGCAAAUGGCAUGGACUAUAUGGUCAUCAGAUUGGCAACUGUAUUGCUUUCUGA